AUGGAGCGCGAGCGUGAAGCGGCAGAGCAGGCGGCGGCGGCGCAGAUCCCUCGGCCGAUUCGACGUCGGACGUUUGUCCCCCGCGAGCACGACAUAGCUCACCAACGUCUGUUCGCAGACUAUUUUGCCGAGCAACCACGGUGGGGCCCGACGGUUUUUCACCGCCGUUUUAGAAUGCGGAGAGAUCUUUUUCUCCGCAUUGUCCAGACGUUGGAGGGACGUGAUGAAUACUUCCAGUAUCGGGAAGACGACAUCGGCAGACCCGGACUUACGCCGUUGCAGAAGUGCACGGUUGCGAUCCGGCAGUUGGCCUACGGCACCACGACGGAUAUGUUCGACGAGUACCUUCACGUCGGGGAGACAGAUGGUCGUGAUUGUCUGAAGACUUUUUGUAGGGGUUUGUGGAGGCUUAUAGCAGCACAUAUUUGCGAAGGCCGACUGCUGAGGAUUGCCAGACCCUGA